AUGGCUCGUCCAACACUGAGUUUGCCGAAAGGCGAUUCCAUAUGCGAGCUCUCCAUCAUCAAUACCACCACUGAGAUCACUGCUCCGCCUUCUUACCUGGUUCAGCCAGACAUUCCCGGCCACGAAUGGAUGAAUCUGCCGACCUACGCGUUUCACAUAGUGCACAAGUCUACGAAUACCCAGCUUGUGUUCGACCUAGGGGCUCGCAAAGACUGGUAUAACUCGGUCCCUCAUAUCUUUGACUUGAUCAAUGGGCAUGUGCCGGGAUUGCGAGUUACCAAAGACACUCACGAGAUCCUUUCCGACGGUGGAGUCGAUAUCAACGACAUCAGUGCGGUAGUCCUUAGCCACUGGCAUUUCGAUCACUCCGGAGACACAGGUGCUCUGCCAAAAUACAUCAAGCUUUAUGUUGGACCUGGAUUUGAAGAGACAUUCCUACCGGGAUGGCCAUCCCUGGAAAGCUCUCCCUUUCCCGAGUCCGCUUUUGCUGGCAGAGAUGUCAUCGAGGUACCAUUCAGUGACGAACUCCGUAUUGGCAAGUUCCAAGCCUGGGAUUAUUUCGGCGAUGGUUCUUUGCACAUAUUGAACAGCCCUGGCCAUGCCGUCGGACACAUAGCAGCCCUGGUCAAAACGACUCCAGACACUGCCAUCUUCCUCGGUGGCGAUACAUGUCACUUCACAGGCUCAGUACGACCUUCCGAAUUUCUACCCAUGCCAGAUCAAAUUCCCUCCGUGACAGCCUUGGAUCCAUACUUGCCUAGGCCUUGUCCGUGUGCGGCCUUCACAAUCCAAAGCCGUCUAAAGCCAAAGAGGUUUGAGGUCCCCUUCUACAACGUGUCCACAGGCCAGGCUUCGUUUUAUGCUGACCCCCCAACGGCCGAGAAAUCGAUAUCAGCCUUGAAAGAAUUCGAUGCUGACCCCAACAUCCUGCUUCUCAUCGCUCACGACGUGGCGCCGUUGGACGCACUACCUUUCUUUCCGAACGCCAACCUGAACGACUGGAAGCAAAAGGGGUAUAAAGAAGCGAUGCAUUGGGCUUUUGUGAACGAGUUACCCUACGAAGGUCAAGCAAGGAGGAAGCAAUUGGUCGACGGCUUGUAUCGAGAUGGCAAAAAGCUCCGCAAUCUGCAGUUCGAGCCUGCAGAGACUUGA